AUGGCGGCGGCGGGAGCCGCGGGUCCCGGCGCGGGCGCAGGGGUCCCGGGCGCGGGCGGCGGCGGCGGCGGCGGGGCGCGCGAGGGUGCGCGGGUGGCGGUGCUGUGUCUACUAUGGUACGCGCUGAGCGCGGGCGGUAACGUGGUCAACAAGGUGAUUUUGAGCGCCUUCCCGUUCCCGGUCACCGUGUCGCUGUGCCACAUCCUAGCGCUGUGCGCGGGGCUGCCGCCGCUGCUGCGCGCCUGGCGCGUGCCGCCCGCGCCGCCCGUGUCGGGCCCCGGACCCGGCCCGCAUCCGGCGUCCGGCCCGCUGCUGCCGCCGCGCUUCUAUCCGCGUUACGUACUGCCGCUUGCCUUUGGCAAGUACUUCGCGUCGGUGUCGGCGCACGUCAGCAUCUGGAAGGUGCCGGUCUCCUACGCGCACACCGUCAAGGCCACCAUGCCCAUCUGGGUGGUCCUCCUGUCCCGGAUCAUCAUGAAGGAGAAACAGAGCACCAAGGUAUACCUGUCACUGGUCCCCAUCAUCAGCGGAGUCCUGCUAGCCACUGUCACAGAGCUGUCCUUCGACGUGUGGGGGCUGGUCAGCGCCCUGGCAGCCACGCUAUGCUUCUCCCUUCAGAACAUCUUCUCCAAAAAGGUGUUGAGGGACUCCAGGAUCCACCACCUGCGGCUGCUCAACAUCCUGGGCUGCCAUGCCGUGUUCUUCAUGAUCCCCACAUGGGUUCUGGUGGACCUCUCCACCUUCCUGGUCAGCAGUGACCUGGCCUAUGUGUCUCAGUGGCCCUGGACGCUGCUGCUCUUGGCAGUUAGUGGCUUCUGCAACUUUGCACAGAAUGUUAUUGCCUUCAGCAUUCUCAACCUCAUCAGCCCACUUAGCUACUCAGUGGCCAACGCCACCAAGAGGAUCAUGGUCAUCACUGUGUCCCUCAUUAUGCUACGCAACCCAGUGACCAGCACCAAUGUGUUGGGCAUGAUGACCGCCAUUCUGGGCGUCUUCCUGUACAACAAGACCAAGUAUGAUGCGAACCAGCAGGCCCGGCGCCAUCUUCUUCCCAUCUCCACGUCAGACCUGAGCAGCAGAGAGCACUUGCGGAGCCCAGUGGAAAAGCCCCACAAUGGUGCAUUGUUCCCCCAGCAGGGUGACUUCCAGUACCGCAAUAUCCUCCUCACAGACCACUUCCAGUACAGCCGCCAGGGCCACCCAAACUCCUAUGCUGUCAGCCGACAUGAUGUGUAGGCCAGGUCAGGCCUUCUGCACCCGCUUCUUGAGCUCAGCAGCUUGAGAAUGUUCUGGCAGCCUGGCUGAGCACAUGACACUUGGCGGCCAUCAGUGGAGCUCUGGGUCCUGGCCCCUGAUGGAUGGGCUACAGGAUGUGAUCAUAGUAUGGACACUCACAAACUCUGGGCAGGAAAAGAACCAUAGAGAGACCCUGGUUUAUGUCUCCACUAAGAGGCCACUCUGCAUUCAUGCACAGGGUUGCCCAUGACAUAUUACAGAGGUCUCAUCUGAACUUCUGGUGAGAGCAGGGACAUGCUCUACAGAACUGGCAUCUCUGUGGCUGCAAUCCUGGAAGCCAACAGGAGAUGGCAUCUGGGAUACAGCCCAGAGGGAUGGAGGGCUAACAUGGGUGGCAUUACCUGAUCCCACCAAUGAUACAGAGCCCUAGAAUACCCCAAGGCAGUUGGCCACUUGCAGCUAGUGCUGCCCAGGGGCAAACUUAUAGUGACCAUCAGCCUAUCAGCUGUGAACUUCCUCUGCCUUGUGGGUGCCAAAGCAGGGCAUAGCCCUCAGCCCGGGGGGCCCUUGGACUCUACAGGAGCAGCUUGUCUGCUCCCCACCCUUCUGAUGGCACAGAAGGCCAAGGGGUGGUGGUGACAGUUUCCUAAGAACCUAAGUUUCUCUGGGGAACAUCUCGUCGGCCAUGGGAUGGAAACCAUCUUAUCUCAUUUCAAAUAUGGGAUGUUUGUUGCUGGAGCCAGUCCUUCCCAGCUCAAUGGUAGCAGGCAAUGCCAAAGGGUACUGAAGCUGCAGCCACAGGAGUAGGAGGAGGUGUUCACACCAAGUACAGUGUUGUUUGUCAGUGAGGAGACCGCAUGUGUAUCAGGGUUUUAACUGUGCUCCAGUAAAUGGGACACCAGGCAGGUCUUGGUUUUUUUAGUUAAGAAUCACUUUGAGGCUGGAUAGAAUGCCUGCCUAGCAUUUGUGCAGCCUUUGCUUCUGUCCACAGAAUGCCACAUAGUGGUACAGGCCUGCCUUCCCAGCACUCUUGAAGCAGAUUCAGGAGGAUCUAGAGGACAAGGUUCUCUACAAAGUAAGUUCCAGACCAGCCUGGGCUUCAGUGAGAAGCUGCCUCAGGAAAAUGAUCAGUUUAGGGACCUGCCAUAGUGGCAUACAUCUAGGGGCUGAGGCAGGGAGAUGGCCAUGAGUUUGAAGUCAGUAUGGGCUACAUAAUGAGGCUCUCUCUGAAAAAGUUGAGGGGUUGGUGGCCCAUACCUAUGGUCUUAGGUACUCAUGAAGCAGAAGCAGGAGGCUUUCCCAAGCCUGUGAGCUCAAUGCCAGUGUGGCAAUUGACAGCAGGUAAGUAAUAGGAAGGGGCAUCAGGCUUAGCUUGGGGUAUCAGUGGGUCUCAGGGUUUUUUGGUUUUGAGACAGGGUCUUACAAUAUAGAUCAGGCUGACCCUGAACUCAUGGGAUAUACCUGUCUCUGCCUCCUGAGUGCUUGGAUUCUUUAAAACCAUGGGCACUACAUCCAGAUGGCAUCAUCCCACUAAGCCUCCCAGGCUGACCUUAGCAGUUGUGCCCCCUCUGUUGCUUAGCACUGAGCUCACAGGUACAUCAUGGCACCCCAGUCCUUAACUCCUGAUUUGUUGGGUCCCUCUGCUUUUGAUUACUUGGGGUUUUAUAUUGAAAGGUUAGGGUUUUUUGGUUGUUGUUUAUUUGUUUUGUUUUUUGAGACAGGGUUUCUCUGUGUAGCCCUGGCUGUCCUGGAACUCAUUCUGUAGACCAGGCUGGCUUAGAACUCAGAAAUUCACCUGCCUCUGCCUCCCAAGUGCUGGGAUUAAAGGCAUGCGCCACCACUGCCCGGCGAGGGUUAGUUUAUUAUCUUAGCCUCCUGCUUGCCUGAGACUUGGCAUCCCCGGCCUCGGGACAGUCCCGUCUGCCUUGCCUAGUCCCAGCUGGUUUGCAGAAGAAGUUCCUUGGUAAGGCCGUCUGUUGGGUUCUCCUCAAUGGGGAAGACUGGCCUGAGACACCUGUCACUGCAGAGGUCUCUGUGGGUGACCAUGACUCAACUCUGGACUCAGAAUGAAUUAUGUCUUUUUGGAUUACCAAGAUGUUCCUAUAAUUUGUGUAUUAAUGCAUUUUUCCUUUUUCAGGGAGUAAAAAGGCCCGUCUCACUUUUCUUAACGGUUUAUAAAUUAAUAAAUGGGAUACUUAGUUCUGUUCAUAGGCUCACAGCAAGUAUGAACACUGGAAUGGAUGAGACAAUCAGGAUAGACCAAAUUCUCAGAUCAAAAGACAAGCAGCUGGGGCGGCCGCUCUGGCUACAGUGCUUACCUGCGUGAAUGAAGUCCUGGCCAGCCUCAGCCUCGCAUACACAGAAUGUUACCCCAUUACUCAGGAGGCUGAGGCAGUUAGGAUCAGGAGUUCAGUAUAAUACUGGCUACAUAGUGAAUUGGAAGCCAGUCUGGGCUAUAUGAGAGAAACAACAAAACAGACUUGAUCUACAGUUUACGUCUGUCCAUUCAAAGUCACAUUAGCCCUACUCCCGUGUCUUACCUCCCAUUACAUCCACCUCUCCCUCUCCAGGUCUGACCCGUUCCACCUCUGUUGGGGUCUAUUUGAGCAUUUGUGUUACUGUCCCCACAUACCCUUUGAAAUUGCUUAGCCAAAACGCUGGUCCCGACCUACCCAGCUCCUUCAUUUUACAGAAGAAACUGAGGCUUAGUGAAUGUCUUUUCACUAUUAGUGCACUUGGAGCUUUUAUUUAUUUCUUUGAGAUUGUAUCUGCCUAUUUAGACCAGGCUGACCACAGACUAGAAGGCAACUCCUCCAGCCUUAGCCUUUGUGCCUGGAGGAGCUGCCAUACCCAGCACCUUAACUUAUGUCAUUUAUUCUAGGGAAACCCAAAACUCUCUUGACAGAGGAGAGGAGCUGAACUGAGGCAGUAAAAUACUUGGAACUUAAUUCCUCUGUGUGUUGGGAGGACUCCAAGCAGUGGGCUCUUCAUGGCUAGACCCUAGCCCCAAAACCUUGGGUCUGAAACGGAAAACCUGUCAUGCUCUUGCUUUCCAUUGUCAUCUUGAGGCUCCUGUGUCAUAGACUGUACUAUGGGAGUAGCUGUGCUCCUGGUUGGCAUUUACCAAAAAUAAAUGGUGGUUUCCAGGG